AUGUCGUGGAAAAAGUCGACCGAGCUCAUGGACACGAUCCGCCAUUAUGCCAACUUCCCUGCUACUGGCGUGAGUCUGCGCCAGAUGGUCCAGUUUGGCGAAAAGCCAUCAGUCGGCACUCUGUUCCGGGCCUCCCAAUUCGUGUCCGAAGAGCUGCCCAUACGCCUGGCACAUCGUGUCCAAGAACUUCAAGAACUGCCCGAUGGACUGGGCGAGAUGCCCUCGAUCGCUCGAGUACGAGACUGGUACGCCCAAUCCUUCGAAGAAAUCACCACUCUACCCAAGCCCACGCUUUCGGCCGAAGUCCGCGAACGCCUCCUAAGACCUCAGAAUGGCAAGAACUCGCGCAUAUUGAGCGAGGCUACCAAGAACCCGAGUAUCAACCAGGGCCAGUACCGCUCGCAGCUCCACAAGACCAAGGACACUGGCGAGAGAAAGAAUUCCCUCAAGCGUUACUAUAGCGCCGGCGAUGACACCAACGACUGGCCGCCCGAGCUGAACGACUUCAACACUCGCUUCUCCAAGACGCUCGAGAAAAUCAAACGCCGUCACGAUAGCGUCGUGACAACUGUUGCACAAGGCAUUCUCGAAUACAAACGCAAACGUCAACGAAUGCAAAUAGACCACAAUAUUCAGGCUUUCCUCGACCGUUUCUACAUGUCCCGUAUCGGCAUCCGUAUGCUGAUUGGUCAACACAUUGCCUUGACUGAUCAAAGAGCCCAUUCGGACCCUAAUUACGUCGGCAUCAUCUGCACAAAGACAAACGUCCGUGAUCUGGCUCAAGAAGCCAUCGAGAACGCACGCUUCGUGUGCGAGGAUCAUUACGGUCUCUUCGAUGCGCCAAAGGUUCAACUCGUCUGCAACCCCGACCUCAACUUCAUGUAUGUGCCCGGCCAUUUGUCGCACAUGCUUUUCGAAACUCUCAAGAACUCUCUUCGUGCUGUCGUCGAAACUCAUGGCCAGGACAAGGAAGAGUUUCCAGUCACAAAAGUUGUUGUAGCCGAAGGAAAGGAAGACAUCACCAUCAAGAUUUCAGACGAGGGCGGUGGUAUUCCAAGAAGCUCCAUUCCUCUUGUUUGGACCUACAUGUACACAACUGUCGACCGAACGCCUACGCUUGACCCUGAUUUCAACAAGAGCGACUUCAAGGCGCCAAUGGCAGGUUUCGGGUACGGAUUGCCCAUCUCCAGAUUAUACGCCCGGUACUUUGGCGGAGAUUUGAAGUUGAUCAGCAUGGAGGGCUACGGCACUGACGUCUACCUCCACUUGAAUCGCCUGUCUUCCUCUUCAGAGCCACUCCAGUGA